AUGGCAACUUCCAUGACCUAUCUUUUUCUUACCGUCUUUCUUGUGGCCGCCCACACGGCCUUCGCCGAAACAACCAUGCUUCAAGAUCUUUGCGUUGCUGAUCUUAAAGGUCCGAAAGUCAACGGGUACCCAUGCAAAGACCCAUCACAAAUAACACCAGAGGACUUCUACUUCGUAGGCAUAGCCCAAGCUGCAUCCACCAGCAACUCCUCAAUGGGGUCAACUGUGACAGGAGCCAACGUUGAGAAAAUCCCUGGCCUUAACACCAUGGGUGUCUCUAUCUCUAGGAUCGACUACUCACCAGGCGGACUCAACCCGCCGCAUCUUCACCCCCGUGCCUCCGAAGCUAUCUUCGUCCUCGAAGGCCGUAUCUUUGUCGGUUUCUUGACGACCACGGGAAAGCUCAUCUCCAAAUACCUCAACAAAGGAGAUGUCUUCGUCUUCCCUAGAGCUCUCCUCCAUUUCCAACAGAACCCUAACAACGCUCCUGCUUCCGUCAUCGCUGCUUUCGAUAGUCAGCUUCCAGGGACUCAAGUCGUUGGACCGUCUCUGUUUGGCUCUAACCCUCCCAUUCCUGAUGAAUUGCUUGCCAAGGCUUUCGGCAUGGGACCACAAGAGAUUCAGAAGGUUAAGGGCAAAUUCCCACCCAAGAAAUGA